AUGAGACAGAAGUGCCAGUCAUCUGCCAAACUGGAGGCAAUGGAUUUCAGCCGCACAAUGGCCGCCUCAAGGAAAAUUGCGUCUUUCCGCCUGCCUCCGUUGCCCACAGUUGGUGAGCUGAUAAAACUUUACAACCUGCGAGCAGAGAAGCAUCUGUCCCAAAACUUUCUGCUGGACUUGAGGCUCACAGACAAGAUAGUGCGUCAGGCAGGCAGUUUGAAGGAUGUCCAUGUGUGUGAAGUGGGUCCCGGCCCUGGAGGACUCACGCGGUCCAUCAUCAACGCCGGAGCAGCAGAUCUUCUCGUUGUGGAGAAAGACUCGCGCUUCAUUCCUGGUCUGAAGCUGUUGUCUGAGGCAGCCCCUGGCAAGCUGAGGAUCGUCCACGGAGACAUCCUCACCUACAGAAUGGAUCGAGGGUUCCCCACAAAUAUCUCUAAGUCAUGGGAGGACGAGCCUCCGAACCUUCAGGUCAUCGGGAAUCUGCCGUUCAACGUCUCCACGCCCCUCAUCAUCAAGUGGCUGGAAAAUGUGGCCAACAGAAGCGGGCCCUUCCACUACGGCCGCACCCGACUCACACUCACGUUCCAGAAAGAGGUGGCAGAGAGGCUGACAGCCAGCACAGGCAGCAGACAGAGGAGUCGUCUUUCCAUCAUGGCUCAGUAUCUCUGCACCGUCCACAACUGCUUCACCAUCCCUGGACGAGCCUUUGUCCCCAAGCCAGAGGUGAGACAGCAGGACGCUGCUUACCGGGUCAACCAACCAGGCUCCAUUUCGGCCUGCGUUUGCUUUUACUGCCUUUGUCAGCAGUUUACUGUGCAGCCAAGGUCGCUGCAGCUGUUCCCGCAGCCUCACAUGAGCGCCGAGACCACAGCGGAGCCGCUCCAACAAAGGAAGGUCAUCUCUCGCUCAAAAAUCCACGGCCGCGUUCCGUCUCCAGCCCGAGCCCUCGCGAGCAUAACGACUGUCCGGAUAUCAGGAGCGCUGACCCGACGGCGCCGUUUGGUUCUCGGAGUAUUUUAA